AUGAACACAUUUACGAAGAAUUUAAGGAAACUCGUUGACAGACGAGCUGGAGAACAGAAUUCGUGUGAGGAAGCACAGAAGCUUAUCGAAGGUGGAGCAGAUAUUACAGUACACGCAAAAGAUGGACCAAUGAUUCAUGCUGUGAUCAAUGAAGAACGACGACAGCGUCCAGUAUUACCUUGGAAAGCUGAUAAUUGUUUGCGUUUAAUCGAAGUCUUACGAAAACAAGCUUCCCGUUUACUUGCUGCACAAGUUCUCUCAUCGAAUGGCAAUAAUAUCAAUGAAAUACGUCGAUUUAUUGAAUUACAAGCGAAUACUUAUCAAUCAGAGACAUUUGGAGUUCUCGGUUUAUUAGGCGAUCUUCUCAAGCAAGAACGAAUACCAAUUCAACUUGAAGUCAUACAAAUACUAAUCGUAAAUGAUUCNCCAACAGUAGCAACAGGUGAUACAAGCUUAUUAAAUAAUAAUGAAAUUAUUUUGUCGGAAGAUGAGGUUGAUACUUUUAUGAAUGAACCUGUUGUUGAAGGAGAAAUAACCACAGGUAUUUCAAAUCGCAAAUGCGAUAUGGUCUUCAUGAAUGGAUACAGCUAUUUGCAUAUGAACACUGCAAAGGAAACAAUUGGCUGGCGUUGUGCUAAACGUAGUGAAAAUUGUAAAGCAGUUAUUCAUACAUCGAGAAUAACAGGUAGAUUUAGCAAAUGGAACGGGCAGUUCCAUUGUCAUACACGUGAUUUAAACGAAAUGCGUAAACGUGAAAUUUUGUCUGCAAUCAAGAAAAGAGUUCUUGAGGAGUUUAUUCCAGUUAAAAUUAUUGUUGAGCAAGAAUAUACAAAAGGCAACUUGACAACAGAUGAAAAACGUCAUAUGCCUCUUCCAUCUCAAAUUGAAUCUGGCAUACAUAAAUUACGUCGAAAAGCUGUACCACCAAUUCCACAUGAUCAAAAAUUCAUCAUGCCGUCUGUUUAUUUGGAAACAUAUUCGAAAGAACCUUUCUUAAUUUAUGAUAAACGAAAAAAUCAGUAUGGUGGACGUUUAAUGAUAUUUUCUUCGCCGGAACAACUGAAUGUUUUAUCACAUUCUGAUAUAUUAUUCGCAGACGGUACAUUUCGUGUAUCGCCGCUUUUAUUUGAACAAUUAUAUGUUCUUCUUGCGAUACAACAUGAAGGGGCUGUGCCUGUUUGCUUCAUUUUAACUUCUAAUAGACGUCAUGAUACUUAUGAAGGGAUAUUUCAUUGUUUGAAAAGAAUCGCAUCGAAACAAGGCGUUGUUUUAAAACCAAAGACAAUUAUAUGUGAUCUUGAGAAGGCUUUUAUGAAAGCUGUUACAAGUGAAUUACCAGAAACAGUUGUUACUGGCUGUUGGUUUCACCAUUGUCAGAGUUGUUAUCGAAAUAUACAACAACUCGGAUUAAUGAAAAUUUAUAAUUUUGAUGCAGAAGCACGACAUUUUCUACGUGCUGUCAUGGGUCUGGCUUUAUUAUCGAUAGAUCACAUCUAUGAAGGUCUCUAUGCAUUGAAAGAAAAAAUGGAGGGCCACGAUCAACACGAUCACUUGAAUCCAUUUAUUAAUUACUUUCAAAAUGAAUGGAUUGACCAUUUUAAACCUUCUUUGUGGUGUGUUAGUGGUAGCAAAUGA